AUGGCUUCUGCCUUCCCACCCCUCACCCCGGGGAAAAUAAGGGUCUGCAGCAUGAGGUCUUGCCCUUAUGCUGAGAGGACGAGAUUAGUUCUGCAUCACAAGAACAUUGAACACGAGGUAGUGAACAUUGACCUGCUGCAGAAGCCAUCUUGGUUCUGGGACAGGAACCCCAAGGGCGCUGUACCCAUCUUCGAACUGGACGACAAAGUGAUCUAUGAGUCCCUGAUCUGCUCUGACUACGUGGAUGAAGCGUACCCCAACAACAAACUGACCCCCUCAGACCCGUACAGGAGAGCCCAGGACAGGAUCAUUGUGGAACUGUUUUCAAAGGGAAUCGGGGAUUUAAUGAAGUCUCCAAACUGA